ACUUCUGGUCAAACCGACACAGGCAUCACAUCAACAACAACUACUAGUUCUGGACAAACCGGUACAGGAGUCACUACAAUGACGGCAACCCAAGUGACAGAUACAGGCAUGACAACAGCAACAUCCACAAGUAGUUCAACGACGGCAGUUACAACGAUAACAAGCACUGUAACAACAACAACAGUAUCGGCUACAAGUAUAAUGACUACUGCUGUCACAACUCCAUUUACAAUAGUGUGCUCCUGCAAGGACGAAAGUGUAACCGGUUGUACCCUAAUACAAAACUUGAUGAUGCCUUGCAAUUCAAGUACAAGUGGCUUUCAAACGAUCGAAACAACUUGUAAUUGUAAUAAUAAUACUCAUCCGAUUGUAAAUAUAAGAAAUAUUAGUUGUGUUCCUAAUUGUCCUGUAACAGUAACUCAAUUAAAUCAAAAUGUGAGUGCAACGAAUCUUUUGAUGCGAGUUACUUCGGUACCUUUACCAUUUUCCUAUCAAUACACGAAUGAAACGGCUAGUCACAAAGUUCUUUAUGUCACUGAUAAAGGUUAUAUCACACUUGAUAAACCAUUUUAUGCUAUUCAACCAACACAAAGUGAUACAAUAGACAUACCAUAUAUUGCACCGUUUUGGACAAAUCUCAUUUAUGUGAACGAAACAACUAGUAUUAUGUCUGUUAUUUAUAAUGGAUUAUCUCCUACCUCACGAGAAAUAGCAGUUGUACAAGAUACUGUGAUCCAACAAAAUCAAACGCCAAUUUAUGAUGAAGCACUUGCGUAUCGUGUUGUGAAAAUAGAAUGGAAUAAACUAGUGACAAAUCUUGAUAGUUCGAAUAAUAAUGCAGCAUCAGGCUCUCAAAAUAUUGUAUUUGAUGCUUAUUUAAUAAAUGGACCUGGGGCUGGUUUUACUACAUGGAAUUCUUAUCUUCGAUUUGAAUACACUCUUAAUAGUACGACACAAAGUCCUAAUUAUCAACCGGUCAUCAUCGGAUAUCGUGGUGAAAAUGCUACUGCACAUUUAUCGAGUGUUUCAUUUACAAAUCAAAUUACAGAUUUUAUUAACGAAAUGAACAAGACUCGAACAUAUUUUUUAAGUUCAAGAAUAUUAAGUACAUGUGAACAAUGGUAUUGGGCGACAUAUACAGAUAUUUUAUUUCAACGAUCAGUUAAUUUUACAACUGUCAAACGAAAUCCAUGUCCUUGUUCAUAUUCUCAAGCUUCAUCUGAUUUCCGAUUUACAAGAAUGGAUAGUGAAAAUCGAUUAGAAUUAAGCAAUAAUGUCGCUUGUUUUGUUCCAUUAACUUCAUUUACACAACGAGCAUCCGAUGCAACAUCUUAUCAACAAACAUGUUGUUAUUUUACUGAUGAAGAUUCAUUAAUUACAUCUGGCGAAUUUGCUGGAUCUAUUAUUGAUCAAUCAACAUUACAAUUAUUACAAAAUACAAUUAAUAAUCCACAACGUAUCCAAGAACGUGAUUGGUGUUGUAUUGCAAAUAAUGGAACAAUCGAUUGGUCUCAAUGGUGUAAUUUAUAUUACGAACUUCGACCUGCAAGUAUAUGUGAUGGAUAUGAACCACCUCAACAAGCUUGGUUUGGUGGUGAUCCUCAUAUACAAACAUCGGAUAAUGCAAAUUAUACUUGUAAUGUCUAUGGUUCAUUUAUAUAUGCUCAAACAACAAAUGAUGCUAAUAUAACAGCAAAUAAUAAUACAGAUUCAAGUUCAACAAUUCUAAAAGAUUUAAUAAGCAAUGAAUUAUUUUCGAUUGUCGCUCGAACAAGUAAAAGUUCAUCACUUUUACGAGCUAAUGAUUUUUUUAAUCAAACUAUAACAUAUUUUUCAUCAUUUACAAUGUAUCUUGGAUCAAAUAAUUCAGUUAUAAUUGAUGUUAGUAUUGAACCAACAAAUAAUUAUCAAUUUCGAGUAAGAUAUUUAACUGUCAAUAAUUCGGUUUCAAGAAAUCCAUUUAAUCUUUCCAAUGAUUUUGUUGAAUAUUUUUAUUAUCCAACAUCAUCAAACAAUACAACUCCAUAUACAUUUUCAAUAAUCAAAGAAAAUCAAACAAUAUCAGCAAAUAAUUGGAAUACAUAUAGUACAACACAACAAAUUGUUUCAGUACAAGUACAGAAAUUAACUAUAUCAACAUGGUCUGGUUUAGCAAUGCAAUGUUAUCUAAUAACAAAUAAUAUGGCAUGUACAUUAUUAUUACCACAAAAAUAUACUGGUAAUAUUCAAGGUCUUGCUUUUGGAAAUUAUAUAAGUAAUGAUGAUCAAUAUUGUGUCAAUUAUUCAUCAGUAGCAAAUGGAACUGAAGUAUUAUCAUUAGAUCGAAGUAGUCUUAUAACCUGGUUUAAUACAGCUGCAUCUCCGACCUAUCGAAAUUAUAUAAAUAAUAUUUCAUGUCCAUUUGAUAAAACAUCAACAACAUAUAAUUUUUGUGUACAAGAUACACUUCUUUCUCAAUCAUCAUUAUUAGGACAAUUGACUGCCAAAAGUUCAAUCGAUUAUACAACAGCUGAUACUACUCUUAGUGUCAAUCCUCCCAAAAUAACAUUAGUACAACCAACAUCAUUUGAUACACCAUAUACAUAUUUAUUAAUAAUACCAUAUACUGAUACAUUACAAAAUGAAACAUUUAAUUAUAUUGAUGUUACAGUUGAUUCAACAUCAUCUAUUAUUGUUCAAGUACGUGAUAGAAAUACGAGCACUCCAGUAGAUUGUAUAUUCAAUGGUACAUUAUAUUCUUGUCCGUUUUCAUAUACAACUGCUACUAGUAAUCUAAUUCAAUUGACAAUUCUUGCCAUCGAUAUAAUCAAUAAUAUAACAUCGUAUCAAAGAGUAUCAUUAGUUGUCAAUGAAUGUAUGAAUGGUCAAGCAGUAUGGACGAAUCCAACAAUUUUAUCAUCUUCUGUUAGUGUUUUAUAUUGUGUUUGUGAUGAAAUAUCAGCUGGAGAAUUUUGUGAGCGAUCAGUUAGUUGUGCUGAUUUAUCUGCAUGUCAAUUAAAUUUUCUUUCAAAUGUUACUUGUAUUACAAAUCUAUCAAUUAUAUCUACAAAUAGUGGACGAGCACCAUAUCAAUGUAUAAAUAGUAUAACAAAUAUUUCAUGUUCGAAUAAUUCAGAGUGUUGUCAAAAAGGUUAUGGAUUUAAUACUGAUAUACAACAAUGUUUAUGUAACUAA